AUGGCAAUCAACGCAAAUGAAGAUACCGAGUUCAACGAAGCUCUCCGCAAGCACGGCAUCCUCCCGCCCCUCGAGCCCACACCUCCCUCUCCCAGUCCACCUCCAUCGCCGACACUAUCCGAAGAGCUUGAUGACCUGACACUGGACGAACUACGCGAUGCAGCGGAUGACGCACAAGACGACGACGUGCAGCGCGCGAUUGAUAAUAGGAGGAGAGAGAGGCUGAUGGCUGAGGCACGGGAGAGGCAGUUGGCCAGAUUUGGAGACGUGUUGCCCAUUGGAAGGGAUGAUUAUACGAGGGAGAUCACGGACGCGUCUAAGAUUGAUGAGGCGGGAGACGACAAGAGCCGUGGGACCGGCGUUGUGGCGCUGCUGUACAAGGAUGGUAUACCGCGAAGCGACCGUGCAUUCGAACACAUCCGUGGACUGGCACGCAAACACCCGCGUACAAAGUUCGUGUCAAUAGUGGGCGACAAGUGCAUCCCGAAUCUGCCGGACAGCCGUGUACCGAUGUUCAUCGUGUACCGCAAGGGCGAUAUCGUGACGCAGAUCACAGCUUGGGGUGCUGAUAAAGACCGUUCAUCUGAAGAACUGGAGGCGGUGCUGAUCAUGAGCGGGGCAAUCGAUCCACCUACACAUGCUCCAGCGCAUGAGAAGCGAGAUAGUGAGGACAAGGACGAAAGUGAGGAUGAAGGCCGGGACAAAUCUUCCGGAAUGCGCUCGCGCGGUGCCUUCGUGAACCAUACGACGAAGAACGUUCGCGGGCCCGCGAAGAACGCAGACGAUUCAGACUCUGAUUUUGAUCUAUGA